GGCCCGGGACACGCCUUCCCCGGAGCGGAACAAAACGGGGCGCGGGCCGGGCGCACCCAGUCGCCGCUUCCGAAGAGCGUUCCCGCCCGCGCGCCGCGUAGCCGGUUGCCAGUUUCAGGAUGCCGAACUGGGGAGGAGGCAAGAAAUGUGGGGUGUGCCAGAAGACGGUUUACUUUGCGGAAGAGGUUCAGUGCGAAGGCAGCAGCUUCCAUAAAUCCUGCUUCCUGUGCAUGGUCUGCAAGAAGAAUCUGGACAGCACCACCGUGGCCGUGCACGGCGAAGAGAUCUACUGCAAGUCUUGUUACGGCAAGAAGUACGGCCCCAAAGGCUACGGCUACGGGCAGGGCGCCGGCACGCUGAGCACCGACAAGGGGGAGUCUCUGGGCAUUAAGCACGAGGAGGCUCCUGGCCACAGGCCCACCACCAACCCCAAUGCCUCCAAGUUUGCGCAGAAGAUUGGCAGUUCCGAGAGGUGCCCUCGAUGCAGCCAGGCAGUCUAUGCGGCUGAGAAGGUGAUCGGUGCUGGGAAGUCCUGGCAUAAGUCCUGCUUCCGGUGUGCCAAGUGCGGCAAAGGCCUCGAGUCCACCACCCUGGCCGACAAGGAUGGCGAGAUUUACUGCAAAGGAUGCUACGCGAAAAACUUCGGACCCAAGGGCUUUGGCUUUGGGCAAGGAGCUGGGGCUUUGGUCCACUCUGAGUGAGGCUGCCGU